CCAUGGAUGUCUUGACUGGAGCCCAAACAGAGAAAAUAAUUCAAACAUUGAUAGACAUGAGGGAGCGUGUUCGUAUAAGACAACAAGAAGUGCCUACAACAGAAGAAUUAUAUUUGAAUGAAAGUAUAACAAAUGUGCAGACUUACUUAAAUAUUCUGUCAGAGAGAGAUGUUCUCGUGUGUGACAAGGAAACUAUAGGAAUAAUACGGAGACUGAAGCAAAACCUUAAAUUUGUAUCAGAAAACAGAUACACUAAAUCAGAUUUUAAUCUAAAAAUGAUGGUGAACGGAUUACAAGAAACACUGACCACAAUGCUAAAGAAAUGUAGAAAACCUGUGGACAGCCAAAACUCACCUACAGAAGAAACAGUUCCAGACCUUGAGGAUAGUUCAGAGUUUUCCCCUAGGUCUACAGACUCAUACCUGACGUUUAUACAACAACAGACAGGCAAUGGAAGAAGACCAGAUAUCAUUGAGUCAACAGAUAUCUUCCAACGAAGGACAGAAGAACAAUGUGCAGAGUUUUCUGGACCAUCUAAUAAUUCUCCGAAGUUGACCAGAGGAAAAUAUACUCAUAUUCCUAGGCCUAGGUCAACACAAAUUGGUCAGCCGGCGAGAGAAGAUCAUUGUUCGGAGAUUUCUAGGUUAACAGAUAUCGAUCAACAGAAGACGGAAGAAAAUUGUACAGAGAGUUCUGGGUCAACAUCUAGAUCAAAGCAGAAGACAGGAGUAACAUCUACAAAGAGACCAGGGUCAACAAAUAGAUCAAAGAAGAAGACAGGAGUAACAUCCACAAAGAUACCAGGUUCAACAAAUAUCGUCCAGGAUGAUACUGAUGAAAAAUGUGAAGAAAUUCCCAGGUCAACACAUACCUCACAGCAGAACACGAAUGAACAUUGUACUGAGAUUAUUGGAGCGUUCUACGAUAUUGGAUGCGGAAUAUACCUUUAUUCAGAAUCAGACGUCUCGGGCAUUAUUCAGGCAAUUCGAUGGGAAUCGGAUGAUUUUCAACGUUUUUAUAAAGAAGAUACAACGGUAAAACAAUACAAGUUGGAGACAGAUUUUUUUAAUAUCAAGCCAAAAGAUCCCAAAUACAAAGGGAAUUUUCCGAAAGAUAAUUCGGGCAUGAUCACUGUGAAAGUAAAGCUUCCAAAUGACAUCAACUACCAGUUUCUGCAUUUGAAAGCCUACAUUAAAUUUGGACAAAAGUGGAACAUGGUGGAAACGACUUUCAAGGAGAAAUCUGUCACGUUUCAAACUGCUAAAAUAGACGCACUCUGUAUUGUUUCAAAACCAAUAAAGGAACGUAUACAUAUCACACCAGAUGGUUGCAAGUAUGUCGCAAAAACUGACAAGGGAAUUCAAAUAGUGUUCCCCCCUGGUGCAGUUGAAAAAGAUGAGUCGAUUCGUUUACAUAUUGUUCCAAUAAACAAGGAAAUUUUACGACGACAGUACGAAGAACGAACUAAGACAGGAGAAGCAAUUUUGGCUAUUUCCGAUUGUUUGUAUACUACUGGAGAUGCGACCCUAAAGAAGAAGGUUCAAGUCAAACUACCACUGAAUGAUAUUAGAAAACCCACAGAGUCAGAUGAAGACUAUGUAUACAGACUUUUCAGACAAAACAGCAACGGACAAUUUACACUGACAGAUAACGUGGUCACUGUUGAUGAAGACCACAAUGCAGUCUUUGAAACGGAUAAGAUCUCUGGAACAAGCGUUUCUCUGAUAGGAAAUGACGAACUAAAAAAGGGUCCAUUAGUAAUAUCUAGCAACCUCGAGGAAAUGCAUGGUUAUAAUUCCGUUUGUAAAAUUCUAUUCUUUGUUAGUGACGUCACGCUACGUUCGCUAACAGUGUUGCUCGCUUGUAUUGAAAAAUCAAAGAUGCAAGCGUUCUGUCGAAAUUGCGAGGAACGAGGAUAUCGUCUUUUCAAGAACUGGAUAAGUAAAGAUUUGGUCUUCAAACCUCAAAUAAAAAUUGACAUCGCAUUGAAAGGAUGUUUCAGUUUGCCACGAUUCGUUGCAAGGAGAAGAUUAGACCUGACAUUUUUACCAAACUCGUCGGAGAACUUUACCAGAUUUGUAGUUGAAAUUAAACAUAAAAUCGAUCAGGAUACAUACGGUAUUUUGUUACUCACAAAAGAUAAGGAAAUCAUCGAUGAAAUAAGCUAUAAUGCACAUGCAUCAUUAUCCAUUACCAGAAGAAAUACUAUGGAUUUCGGAGCGGGCCGAGAAUUGACGUUUAUAAAAGAGAGCGUUGACAAGCAAGCUGCACCUCCAGUUAGUAAAUACAGUGAGGAAGAUUUCCUGACAGACAAGGGUGUGAUGGCCGUAGCAAAGUUGCUUAAUUCAAACAAAAUGUUUGAAACCGUAAUAAAUCUGGAUAUGAAACAAGUUCAAUAUGACCAGAUUUGUGAGAAGGUAUCGAUCAGCAGUAGACAGGCUUUCACAUUGUUGAAAACAGCUUUAGAUCUUCAGAAAAGUAACAAGGUUGACAAGUUAAUAUCUGCCCUUGAAAGCGCCGAAGAAUGUGGGUUAGCUGAUAGUAUUCGCGAACUAUACGAAGAGCGACAGGAUCUGUCCAAAAUACAAAAGUAACAAGGACAAUAUUUCCUUGUACCAAUUAGAUAAGUUUUGUCAUAUAUCUCUCAACGAUUUCAUUAACUUAAACAUAUAAUGAUACAAGUGUUAUAAAGUAAGGUAUAUAUACAGAGAAGUGCUUUUAAAGAACAUUAUUAAAUCGACUUAUGAGUUCAAAUGUCUUUUUGGUAUUUUUCGCUACUCUUUUAUAAACCGUAUGUUUUGUAAAGCCUUCAUGUAAACCUUUUUUUCCCAAACUACUUUAUUUUUUGUUUAUUAUAUGUUUUUGUUUA